AUGGCUCAAGCUACACAAAGUCUCUCACCGCUUGGUUUCAUUGCCAUAGAGGUGAACAUACACCGACCACCGGGUGAUCCCUACAACGAGCGCACCUGGUCGUUUCCUCUCAUCCGUGAAAUGGCAGAAGGGUCAAAAGUUUCGCAGGUCGUCACGUCUUCUAGCUAUGACUCUACAUUCAUAGACCGUUUUGUGGAUGCGGGACUGCGUUUAGCGGCUAGAGGUUGCGUGGGCAUCAUCACUAGUUGCGGGUUCCUUGCACUAGCCCAAGCCGAGUUGCCCAUCCCGAUCGCCACGUCGUCGCUAGCCCAACUGCCCUCAAUACUACCUCUGCUUCCGCCUGGCAAGAAUGUGGGAGUUCUCACUUAUGAUGAGUCAAGACUAGGCUCUCAGCACCUUGCAAGCUUUGUGCCCGAACAUGCACUUUCCAAAAUAGUUAUCCGCGGAGUGCCUCCCGACGGUCAUUUGAGGGGCACAAUUGGGAGGGGCGCCCCUUAUGUCCAUGCAGACAUUGAGGCAGAGCUCGUCGCCGUUGCCAAAAGCUUUGUUGCUAGUCGGCCUGACAUCAGGAUCCUAGUACUUGAAUGCACCAAUAUGCCCCCUUUCUCGGAGGCAAUAUUCAGAGCACUAGAUGGCAAGAUUCCUGUUUAUGAUGUGUACACCAUGGGUCAGUGGUUUUACUCUGGGUUAGUGAGACCAACGCCAGUUUAUUGGCAUGGUUAG